GGACGGGGAGGGCAGCAGUAAAAGGAGCAACUCUCUGCUAUUGUUCUUGUUCUGGAGUGUGGAAACGGGUCGCGGACCCGGACGGCGGCGGUCUGUCGUUAUGACGGGCUCCGGGCCGAGGCUCGGGGUUUUGCUGCUGGUGGCGGUUCUGCUUCAGACUGUGGCCGUGACCAUCACCGUGCUGCACUUCACCACGGUUCUCAACGCGAUGAAGGAGACUUUUGCUCGGAGCAGCGUUUCCUGUCUGACGGGUGCUGACUUGCAGAGCGUCUCAGCUGUACGGGGGGAUCCAUGCUGGCAGGUCACGCAGCAGCUUCACUUGCUCAUUGAGAAGUCUCUGUCUCAGCGUUAUCAGAAAGCCAUUUCUUCAGCUGUUAGAGAUGAAGUAUCUCGAGUGCUGCCCUCACUUGUGUUGGAUGACAAGGACUCGCCUCAUCCCAAAGUCUCCGCCCAUGUCACCGGCAGCUUUCUGCCCAAACAGGAGCGAGGAGGAGGAGUCUCUCCUGGGCGACGCGUUCAGGGCCAGAAGAUUUCAUGGUGGGAGGGGCAGAAGGGUCUGGCCUUCCUCCAGGAUGUGCAGCUGGUGGAUGGUGAGCUGGUGGUUCCUCAGGCCGGCCUCUACUACAUCUACGCUCAGACAUAUUUUAGACACACCCACUCCCUGGAGGAGGAUGGCGAGGACAGCCAGGAGGCACAGGACAGAGGAAGGCCUCUGCUGCAGUAUGUCUAUAAAAAGGUGAGUACUUACCCCAUUCCCAUCCUGCUGAUGAAGACAAGCCGUACCUCCUGCUGGUCCCGGGGAUCCCAAUUUUCUCUGCACUCUGCCCACCAAGGGGGAUUGUUUCCACUUAGCAGUGGUGACCGUCUGUUUGUCACAGUGACCAACGCCACAGCUGUAGACAUGGAUGAGAGAAGCAGCUUCUUUGGAGCGUUUCUCAUCAGCUAGUGGACCGCUUGUCAGCGGAGCAUCUGAUGAAAAGACUUCAAGGAGGAUUACAAAAUGACUACAGACCUC